AUGCCUUUUCAUGAUGAGGUCAUAACUGCGAUGUCUCCAUCCGUUCUAACUCUGUUUUUGCAAUUCACAGAGAGCGAAGAUGUCUACCAGAGGCAGGUGCUGUCGGUCUCCUGUAUCAUCUUCGGACUCGUCAUCGUGGGCAUGUUCUGUGCAGCCUUCUACUUCAAAAGCAAGAAACAGGCUAAACAAAUCCCAGAGCAGCUGAAAGAGCCGCAGAAUGGCAAACACUACAGCCUCAAAGUGUCCAGCUCCAUGGCCAAGCCGGAGAACCCGGGCAAGAGCCACGUCCAGCUGCAAAGCGUCCAGCUCCGUGCCUGUGGUUUCCCGCAGCACUCCAGGGCUGAGAGGCAGCCCGUGACUGCGCUGGGGAGAAUGAUGGAGUCGAGCUUCGCCAGCUGCCAGGCCUUCCCAGAAGCCCCUUCUCCGGACCGAGGAAGCCCGUGUGUCAAACAGCACAGGAGGACGCCCCCAUCGCCCCGAAGCAGGCUGGGUGGAAUCGUGGGACCAGCGUAUCAGCAGCUCGAAGAGUCGAGGAUCCCAGACCGGGACACGAUACCUGGCCAAAGGGUAGAGGUGAGGAAGACUAUGUCCCACCUGCCUAUGCAGCUGUGGUGUGUUGAAAGACCCCUGGACUUAAAGUACUCACCAGGAGGUUUAAAAGCCCAACAGAAUGCAUCAAUAAAUAUGCAACUGCCUUCAAGAGGGACAAAGCCCUACUCUAACAGCAUGGACGGCAAGGGCCCGCUGGGCUACCCCUCCGCGCGGGCCAGCUCCGUGCCCAUCAUCCCUUCGGUGGGACUCGAGGGGCCCUGCAUGCAGGUGCCCGGGGUCUCCGAGGUCCGCGGCAUCACAUGGUGCAAGAACUCCUUCUCUGUGGACGGUGUCGGCGUGGGCGCGCCCCUCAGCGACCCUCUCGCCACGGAGCAGCAGGGGGUGAAGGUCCUGCUCGAAACUGUCCAGGAGCAGAUUCGAAUCCUGACUGAGGCCAGACGGUCGGAAGACUACGAGCUGGCCAGCACAGAAACCGAGGACACUGCCAGCGAAAACACAGCCUUUCUGCCCCUGAGCCCCACGGCCAAAUCAGAACGAGAGGCACAAUUUGUCUUAAGAAACGAAAUACAAAGAGACUCCGCGUUGACCAAGUGACGCGAGAUGCAGGAAUCUGUGCGUUCGAUGCUUUGCUAAGCAGGAAAGAGGAAAGUAACUACAAAUUAUUUAUAUGCAUUAAUUUAAGAGCAUCUACUUAGAAGAAACCAAAUAGUCUACCGCCCGCUUAUCAUAGUGUUUUUAACAAAAUAUUUUUUUAAAGGGAAAGAAAUGUUUCAGGAGGGAGAAAGCUUACACUAGAGCUUCCAGGCAGAAUUCCCAAUCCAAUUUCAGUUAGCCCCAACACGACCUCUUUGGCUUUUAGAUGUGGGCGGUUCAGACCCUCGGUGGGUCCCGCAGCGCCCUGUCCUUGCCAACGCGCCGUGGUCAGCUGGUUUGGCAGAGACGGGCUGUGUGCGGGGGGCGGCUGUGCCGUCAGCGGCCGGCCAGGACGUUCUGUUGCCAGUCCCACCCUAAAUCUCUGUCCAGCCAACAGCCUCAUCCAGGUUAGGCAUGUCGGCAGCCCUGGUGUUUCCACUGCUGUUUGGAGAACAGCACGGACUGGAGUGGGGAGGAGAGGGGAGGAGGGAGGUGUCGGGAGCGGCCGCGGCUGCUCUCAGGUGCCGUCUCCCUCUGAAAUUUGGAACACAGAAUCUCAGAGGGAGAUUUCCAGAAAAAGAGACAGAAAAUCGCAAUGUCGUGUCACUAAAAUCACACUGAUACGAAUGCUUCUCCUUGAGGUUGCUCAGAGGCUCUGCAGGAGCGAUUCUCAGUGUGUGUGCCUGUGUGCACGUGAGCGUGUGAGCGUGUGAGCAUGCACUUGUGCCGGUUCACUCACUCGAGCAU